CUGGACGUGGGUGGAAACGUGGUGACAGGAAUCAAGAUUUUUUUUUUAUCAUGCUGGAACGCUAACCCAAACGUAAUUUAAAAGGCAAUUUAACCAUUGAUUGUUAUAUCAACAGAUGCAUUUUCUGAGGACGUCAUUACCCUGGACCCAGGUUGCUCCUCUCACCUUCCCAAAACUCUGCCCCUGCGGUCUGUGGUCCACAUUUUAAAUGAAGAGGAGGGCUGAGGAUUCUGUCCCAAGGAAGGAAAGACACUGGUCGAAGUUGUAAAUGAGAACUUGUUCUCAACUGGCCUACCUAGUUAAAUAAAGGACCACCUUUGGCAGCGACUACAACUGAGUCUUUCUGGGUUGUAGUUGGUUCCGGUGAUGUGCCAUGGGCUACGACGUCACCCGGUUCCAGGGGGAAGUGGAUGAGGACCUGCUGUGCCCCAUCUGCAGUGGAGUCCUAGAGGAGCCAGUUCAGGCCCCUCACUGUGAGCACGCCUUCUGCAAUGCCUGCAUCACCCAGUGGUUCUCGCAGCAGCAGAUAUGCCCCGUGGACCGCAGCGUGGUGACGCUGGCCCACCUGCGUCCCGUGCCCCGCAUCAUGCGCAACAUGCUCUCCAAGCUGCAAAUCAACUGCGACAACGCCGGCUUUGGCUGCGUUGCCGUGCUGCGCCUGGACCAGCUGCAGUCUCACCUCAGGGACUGCCAGCACAACCCCAAGAGGCCCGUCCAGUGCGAGCAGGGCUGCGGUCUGGAGAUGCCUAAAGAUGAGGCGUCUAGCCAUAACUGCAUCAAACACCUGCGCAGCGUGGUGCAGCAACAGCAGGGCAAGAUCGCAGACCUGGAGAAGGCCUCUGCUGAACACAAGCACCAGCUAGCGGAGCAGAAACGGGACAUCCAGUUACUGAAGGCGUACAUGAGGGCCAUCCGCAGUGCCAACCCCAACCUGCAGAACCUGGAGGACACCAUUGAGUACAAUGAGAUCCUGGAGUGGGUGAACUCCCUCCAGCCGGCUCGCGUCACCCGCUGGGGCGGCAUGAUCUCAACGCCAGACGCUGUCCUCCAGGCGGUCAUCAAACGCUCGCUCAUCGACAGCGGCUGCCCGCCUUCCAUCGUCAACGACCUUAUCGAGAAUGCCCACGAGAGGAACUGGCCCGCCGGCCUGGCCACGCUGGAAACGCGGCAGAUGAACCGGCGCUACUAUGAGAAUUACGUGGCCAAGCGUAUCCCGGGGAAACAGGCGGUGGUGGUGAUGGCCUGUGAGAACCAGCAUAUGGGGGAGGACAUGAUCCUGGAGCCAGGCCUGGUCAUGAUCUUUGCCCAUGGGGUGGAGGAGAUACUAUGAUCCGGCUGGGGGGAGGGAGCAGCGGAUGCUAUGACACUUAUGUCUGCGUACUGAAUGGCACCCUAUUCCCCAUAGGCCCUGGUCAAAAGUAGUGCAACUAUAUAGGGAAUAGGGUGCCAUUUUGAAUGUAGCCUAUGACACAGCAAGAGCAGGGGAAGAUCCUAUGACAGAGCAGGUUUUAAGAAGAUGAUAUGACACCAAUAGAAGGCUUUAGAGGGUUAAGGGGGGGGGGGGAGAGAAAGAGUCUCCAACUAAGAGGGAAGAGGAAAUAGAAGUGUGAAGGGUAAACAUCCUGAAGGAGACACACUAAAUCAGGAUUACCCUGCUCUCUCUGCCUUAAACACGUUUUUUAUUUAGAGAAAUUAAAACUUAACAUGGAUUGAUCAAUCAUAGGAAGAAACAAACAAGAUUGUAGCAUAAUCUGCCUUCUCCCCGCCCCCACUGCUGCUGACAAAAUAUCCCAUUGGUUGACUAUAAUGAGAUGACUCAUCGGCCCCCUCUAUAGUUUCCAGUUAUACAUGAUUCAUAGAGAAUUAUAGAGGCCUCUAGUGGCCAAAAGGCCGUAUUAGCAUGGGCAGCGCCAUUGAGGCCUUCCACCAUUUUAAUGUCGUCAACUGGGUGGGACUUCCAACAUCAUUGGCUGGUGAACCUGUUGGAGUCAUGUCCAAAAUUGACUACUUCAAAAUUGAGAUUGCCUCAAUGGCACUGCCCAUGCUGUCAGAUGCUAUAAUGGCACAGAAACAAAAGGUCCUUUCUCUCUAUGGUGUGACUUCAUCAGAAAUUCAUUUAUCAAUAAUAAAGCUAACAUAUAUACAAUCUAAGCAUACUUCAUUGCAAAGUCCAAAAACAUUUUCAUUUUUUUUUAUUGAGACUAUCUGUUUGAUUUCAAGUCAACACAUUUCUUCAGAUUGUUCUUAAGAAAGCUCAGGACCCCUUUGAGACAGAUGUUUUCUUUAGCUCUCUGUAUCUAUUACCAUGGCAUUCUCUCUUUGGGCCAGAAAAUGUGGGUUAUUUCCUGCUUAGGAGAAGGAAUGCAUGCUGGGAUUGGUUAAGUGAAUCCUAUUGGAUGUGCUCUGCUGUAUGUGAGCCCUGGGAGGCACAUAGAAAGGGGGAACUGCUGAACAUAAACACAGAGCACGUGGCUCGCCAUUGUUUGCAAGGACGUUUGGACCAACUACAUUUCCCAUCAUUACUGCAUCACCUUCCUCUUUGUCAACAACAGACCUUGUUCCUCCUCGGGAUGCAGAGCUGAUCAAGAAUGUCACUCAAACGGUGGGAAAAGGAGUAGUGGAUGGACAGAGUCCUGGUGAAGGGUGUGGACUUGGAUUUUUUUUAAAUUUUAAAAAUUGACGGACUUGAGUUUCAUGCCUUAUAUUUUUGUAAAGUUAUUGUGUAUUUGAUUUUCUGAGUUAUUGAGUGUCCUAUGUUGAACUUUUUCUUUUAUGAUGCUAUCUAUAUAGUUGGUGUGAAGUGGGUCCAAUUUGUAUGAAAACAAAGCAUUUUAUCCACAGCAAUUAUGUAAAAAUUUACAUCAACCAAAAGACUUCGGUUUUUGUUAAAUUAUUUUAAUUUGGUUUACCUUGUCAAAAAGCAUAAACCUAACACCACCGUAUGUCAUGUAGCUUAUUCUAAUAUUUUGUGUCCAGUCGUACAUUAAGUACUUCUCUGUGGCGUUGGUGAUUUGUAAUGUUGUUCCCGGAUGAGGUUAGGUGAUUUGUCACCCUGAAUACAUCACCACAGUGAGCAAAGAUGUUACUGCUACUUUUUUCCCUAACAAUUUAGACUAUUCUGGCUUAAAUCAUUCAAGCAGUGAUAGUCUACUGGCAUGCUUUCAUUUCAGCAUUUUUAUUGAUUAUUGUAUAACUCACUUGUUCGUUUGCGAACAAAACUAUUGAUUUGUGUUACUUCCAACCACCAACUAAUGAACACAAGUUCACACACACAUUUUACCUCUGCUUAUUCUGGAAAUGAAUUAAAUUCAUUUUCUGGGGGUGACUGAAUAAAAAUUGACACACACACACACACACACACUCAGAGGAAGUAGUUGAAGCUUAACCAAGGUCUAGACUCCUCCUGAGAGCUGCUACAAAGCUGGAACAUAGCCUUAAUCCACUUCCUCACUCUGCAUGGCUGGCUCUCUUUGCUCUGUCAGUUAGGUGCCUUGAUAUGAUACAUGUAUGGAACUAAAACUCCGGUCCUGAAGGGCUGUGUGUCGAGCCAAGUAUACAUCUCAAGCUGUUUUUUUGUUGUUGUUUUUUUACAUUUCCUUUAAUGGUAUUGUACUCUUACUUCUUUUGGAUACCCAAAUCAAAGGCUUGUAAAGUGAUUUGAAGUAACUGGGUUAGUGAGAUGAGAUCACUAAGUAGCUUGUCGAGCAUAGGUACACACAAACAUCCCUCCAAGACUUGCGUUUCAGAUCCUUGCUAUUAUUCUUUGUAGUGUUAUGUGGCUUUGUCACCUGUGCAGAUUCAGUUAGAAUCAAUGGUAUGAAUAGAGGGCUUUGUUGUCUUUUCCUAGAGGAUGGAUGAACUACAAUACGGUCAACAAAAAGGAGAUGGACAAAGUGUUGAUAAAACUUCUGAAUAAUUAAUGAAGGAUUAAUGGCUAGAACCUCCACUUUACUAUUCACAAAUCUAGAGAGCAAUGAGAGACUGGGAAAAUAUAUAUUUUAAUGUUAAAUACUGCAAUCUAGGGUGUAUUUACUAGGAACCAAAUGCAAGCAAACGGGUCAAAACGAGGACGGCUUGACCUGAACUUGUCCAAUAAGAAAGGGCUGGUUUUAGUUAUGUUUUCCGUUGCGAAACGUUUUGCUACAUGCCCUUAGGAAUACACCCCUGUAGUCAAGAACUGACUGGGGUGUAUUCAUUAUGUCUUGCAAUGGAAAUGUUUACCGUUUGAUGCAAACAGGGAGAGCCCUACCUGAAUUUGUCCAAUAGAAACUAGUUUCCAUUGCAAAACAUCUUCUGUUUGCAGUGAACGGGAUCGCAACAGAAUCUGUGUAAUGAAUACACCUGUCUGCCUUUUUCACUUAUUCAUAUGCAGUAGUCUUGUGAAUGUUGUGUGUGUUACUGUGAUGAUGAUGAUGAUUAAUAAUACCACAGAACUGGGGAAGAAUUACACAUUUAUUGUAAAUUUAAGAUUUAUUGUAAAUAGCUCGCUAUCAUAUCAAUAUACAUAUACUGAGGCACUUCGAUUUCUGUAUCUAUCCAUAUAAAUUUAGAUUUUGUGAGAUUUGUGGUUUCAUUAAAAGCUGAUAAGAAUU